UGUCCCUGCACUGGCUGGCAUGCUGUAGUCAGACACAAUGGAUAGGCUGUGGACACUUUAAUACGGUAUUACGGCAGCACGGUCCAGUCUCAUGUACUGAUUGCAUUAUUACUAACAGCAAUGGGAGAAUGAGUUCAUCGUGCAGAAUUUUAAAACCAUCUUUCUUUGCAUAGCUAACCCCGAUCUAUGUCCUUGGUAGUUAACGCCAACAUAUUUCCUUGGAGGAGUAGGCUUGCUUGCUUCCUUUACAGAUACUAACGUUGCAAUUUUCAAACAAGUGCACGGAUUUUUUAGGACUAUGGAAUUCCCGUUUGAUAUAAAUGUCCUUUUCCCUGACCGAAUUACGGUGCUGGAUCAAAAUCUGACGACAGGUCGAAAAUUUCUAGGAAGACCAGACCAUCAACAUCAAAUAGCCACAGUUAUAGAUGAACUAGGAAAAGCAUCAGCUCAGGCCCAGGACCUGGCUGCCCCCAUCACCAGUGCUGAGAAACUGCAGUCGAACCGGCACUAUCUUUACCUGCUGAAAAACGGGGAGGGCAAUAGGGGUCGUGGAGUAGCCGUGGGCUAUCUGAAGGUCGGAUUUAAGAACCUUUUUCUCUUGGACCAGCAGGGGGCACAUGUAGAGACGGAGCCGCUUUGCGUUCUGGACUUCUUCGUCGCGGAGAGAAUGCAGAGGCAUGGCUAUGGCCUUGAGCUCUUCCGCUUCAUGCUCCGGAACAAAAGGGUGGACCCUGUGCAGCUGGCCUAUGACAGACCUUCUCCCAAAUUCCUCUCCUUCCUGGAAAAGCACUGCGGUCUGAAAGAUGCCGUACCUCAGGUCAACAACUUUGUAGUGUUCGACGGAUUCUUCCGGAACCGUUCAGCUGUCCCAGUCCGCAAGGUUCCCCCGAAGAAACCAGAGGGAGAAAUCAAGCCAUACUCGCUAACGGAGAGAGAGGCUCUGCGGGAGGAACAGAAGGCCCUGCCCUGGCCCUUCGCUCGACCCCAGGCUCCACCUCACUCCCCUCCCCUCUCCCAGAACUCUGCCUGCUCCCGCUCCCUCAGCGUGGGAUCCUCCCCCACCCGGGCCCCAUUGCGCCUGACUCCAGCUUCUGGGGCCUACAGGGGGCAGGCGCCGCAAAACCAGCUCAUAGACGGCGUGAACUACAGAGCGAGACGUACCAGAGAACAGGGCCUGGUUGCCCGGGGCAACCACUGCAGUCGUCGUGUCGAUGACAGAAGCCGCGGCCCGCCGCCGGAGGGACUACCGAAUGUCCUCAAGCUGCCCGGUCUGCAGCCAGUGCAGAGAGGGGGAGAGGCUGACGCAGGGGUCCAGGCACCUACCUCGGGACACACAGACAUACGCAGGUUUGCUAUGGCAGAACCCCCAGGGGCGCUGUAGGCCUCACGCAGCAGCAUGAUGGGGCCACAACUAUGGGUGAUUCUAGGAGUUUUUAAGGUUGGGGGGCAUUAGAGGGGCCAAUCUUAUUGUUAGCCAAUUUUAUGUUUUGAAUCAAUGAGUGACAGGGGAGGGAGCACUCUGCAAGCCAAUCAGCUUUCAGUGCCCUUGUGGUCCCGCCCCCCUGUAUACACCCCUGUGCAGCCAGGAACAUAAAUGUGUGGCAGAACCACAGCUGGUCCGAGUCUCAGCUGGGGUGUUAAACACAGUCAUAGGAUCCGCACCCAGCCGCAGAACAGCAUGGCCUCGGGUUCUGUGAGGCUGACGUAGGAUGUUUUAUAAUAAACACCCGGGUAAUUCUGUCUGUCACCAGUUUUCACACACUCGCUGCCGGGCUCAUGGAUUCACGACUGCUUAUUCACAGAGGGGGGAAAGAAAAGUCUGCAGGCGGCGUCUCAGCGCCCCCGCACGGCUGGGCCUGGCCCACGUUUCUCCCAGGGUACUGGCUGGAUCUCGGAACCCGUGCUCCGGGAAUAACACAUUCACAGCUCGAGGGAAAUAUCUGUGCUGGGAAAAAAAAACUGUGCCAGAUAUUCCAGUUCUGGCUUCCAAAGACACAGGUUUUGCAAAAAAUUAAAACCAAGCCAGAUCCGGAGGCGGGAACAGCACAGUGCUCUGCUUUCGCUCACGACAUCAUAACGAACACUGUGGCAUGGAUGCAAUUAAAAUAAUUUGAAAUGGA